CAUCCGACGUGUCGAUGUCCAGCUAGGUGGCCCCCGCCCAAAAUCCGGGCGCAGCCAAUCGCAUAUCAUGGAAUCGGAUGGGGCAUUAGCAGUAAACCAAUCAGGUUACAGAUAAGGCCAGCAGGCGGGUCCCGCCCCCGCGAGCCUAAAGCGCAAAGCUCAUUCGGAGAAAAGGGAAAGGGCAGGGGCUGGGCCAUGCAUGCCUGCCGCUCAAAUCGAAUUGCCUUCCAAAUCCAGUGAUACUUUUUUGUCAUUUCUACUAUCUCGCAAUCUUCUUCGCGUAGACGUAGGUGGGAUCGCCGUGAUUAUUAUUAUUAUUAUACGGUACCAGAAGAAACCUUAUUGUUUGCGCUGGAGGUGGUCUGGUCUGCACGUCUUGGUGGAGGCGGCGGAGAUGGGUGGCUCGGAUCACAAUCACAAGGCGGCCGGCGGGGCCGUGGGCGGCAAGGCGGCGCGCGCGUGCGACGGGUGCAUGCGGCGGCGCGCGCGGUGGUACUGCGCGGCCGACGACGCCUUCCUGUGCCAGGGCUGCGAAACGUCCGUGCACUCGGCGAACCCGCUCGCCAGGCGGCACGAGCGCCUCCGCCUGCGCGUGACGUCCCCGCUGCCGGCCGAGGGCGUGGCAACGGCGGUGAAGGGGUCGCCGGCGACGACGUCCAAGUGCCUGGACGUCGCGCCGGCGUGGCCCAAGCGGAAGGCGCGCACUCGGCGGCCGACGGUUAAGAGCGUCGGGCAGCUGCUGUCGAGACGCCUCGUGGUUCCCGAGGUGGGCGCCGGGGAGUCCUCCACGUCGGACGAGCGGAGGGCGCCGGAGGAGGAGCAGCUGCUCUACCGCGUCCCGGUCUUUGACCCCGCCCUCGGCGAGUUCUGCUCGCCCCCGCCGAUCGAUGACGCGGUGGCCGCGACCUCACGGCACGGCGAGGACGUCGAAGGCGCCGUGGAAGACGCGAAGGAGCUCAUGGACACGCCGUCCCCCGUGCAGGAGCUCCCCGAUUGUUUCGCCAGUUUCGGCCCGACGGACGCCGAUCUCAGGGAAUUCGCGGCCGACAUGGAAGCGCUCCUCGGCCAAGGCCUGGACGAUGGCAACGAGCUGGAGGACUCGUUCUACAUGGAGGCCCUAGGGCUCAUAUCGCCGCCCGCGGAACACGGCGGGCGUGUAAAGGUGGAGGCCGACGGCGGCCUUGUCUCCAGAAGCAACGGCGUCCUGGCGGCUGGCCAUGACCUGAAGCGGGAGUUCAGCGGCAGCCCGCCGACAUUGGUGGAUGACGACGACAGUUUCGAGCACAAGACGUCGUCGGCGAGCAACGGAGACGCCGUUGACGGUGCGCAGUUCCUGAAGAGGAGCCUGGAUCUUAGGCUGAACUACGAGGCGGUCAUCGCGAGCUGGGCCAGCUCGCCGUGGACCGACGGCCGGCGGCCGCCCGGCCAGCAGCUCGACGACUUGUUGCUCAACGACCACGCGGGCAUGUGGACGGCCGGAGGAGGAGGACGGCAGGGCGAGGCGGCGUGGCCGGCGAGGCCGAGGACGGACGGGUGGCGGGAGGCGCGGGUGUCGCGGUACCGGGAGAAGCGGCGGACGCGGCUGUUCGCCAAGAAGAUACGCUACGAGGUGCGGAAGCUGAACGCGGAGAAGCGGCCCCGGAUGAAGGGCCGCUUCGUCAAGCGCACCGGCGCCGCCCCGUGCGCCGUCACCUGACUCAUUAGCCAGUCGGAGGACCAGGGCGCCGCUGCGCCGUGCGUGUCGAUUGCUGCGCGCGCGGUACGGAUUUGCGGCCUGCUCGUCAGUCACGGGCUGGCAUGAAAUUACACACACACCCACACACAGAAUUCGUCGAAGCUGUUUUAGCGUCUGUUUCGUUGGUCAGGAAUGGUUUUGUCCUUUUUCGUUUCUUUCAUUGGUGAUUCCGGGCAGUGGAGAAUGACCGGGAACAGAAAGGUUUUCUGAGCUUGUUGUUAGCUCACCGUGAGAAGUUUUUGCCACCUUUUUCUCUCGUUUCUACCGCGAGAGAAGGAUAGGUGGUUCUGCUUGCAUGUUAUGGUUGCACACUUGCCCUUGUACACUUGUACAUUUGUACAUGGUUUGUAAUAAUAAAUUAACAUAUACUCAGUUGGUUUGCAA